AUGAUUGAGAUUGGUGAACGAGUCACGUUCAAGGACCUUGAAGGUGUAGUGAGGUUUGUUGGUGAGACACGCUUUGCGCCUGGUCUUUGGGUCGGAGUUGAGUUGACUACUCGCAACGGUAAGAAUGAUGGCAGUGUCAAAGGGGAUCGUUAUUUCACAUGUGAAAAAGACCACGGGAUAUUUGUCAGGGAGUCUAUGCUUUCAAGGAAUAGUGAUAGAUCUGCCGCUCCACUUGAGUCAAGUGAACAUUCCAGCAACAGCUCAGUUAUAGAAAAUGUCAAGUUGAAAACUAUCGUUCAACGACUGGAAGGUAAGCUGGAAAGAAUGCAUUUGGAGAUAACAUCGUUGAAGAUAAAACUUGGAGACGCAAAGGAGAAGAAUGAUCUUCUACAAGGUCAGGUGACUGCGGCAGAUGAAGGCUUUGAGAUUCUUUCCAUUGACAAGGAAACUCUUACUGAGCAGAAUGAACUUUUAAAGCAGGAUAUCGAGGACCUUACCGAGAAGAAUCAGAAGUUACAGGUUGAAGUUGAACAACUAAGAGAGGAGAUUAAACUUUUACAGGAUGUUUCACCACAACCCAUUGAUCUUGCCGAAAGGAACACAAUGCUUGAAAAGGCAUUGCUAACGUUACGUGACAGAACAGAGGAGCUAGAACAACAGUUAGAAACAGCUUUGAUUGAACUCAAGUCACGUGAAGAUGCUGUUGAGGACAGUAAUAAACUUGCAGUUAGGGAGUUACAAGAGAAAGUUAGCCAGUUAGAGAAAGCGAGACUUGAACAAGAAGAUAUAGAGGCACUCCAUAUCGACACGGAACGUGAACUUCAAUCCCAAGUGGAUUCUUUGGAGAGGAUAAUCGACGAGAAACAACUACUCAUAACUGAGUUGAAGGCUGAUAAGUUGCAACUGAUCCAAUUGACAGAACAGAGCAAAUAUCCUAGCGUUAAUGAGAUUGAUAAAAGACUCCUGGAUGAUUUAGAGCUAAAAUUGAACAGGUUGAAACAACACAAAAUUUCCCUAGAUAUUGACCAUAUGGUGCUCCAAAGAGAGGUAAACGAACGAGAAGAUUUGGUGAAGGAAGUUUUGAAGAGAUCAUCUGUGAAUGUUGAUCAUGUGAGAUCCAGGUUAGAAAUGGAAAAGUUUCAAAGCUUAGCUGAGAACCUCGGAAGUUAUAUCGAUGCCGGAGAUGAUGUCCAAGUUAACCUUCUUGGAGAACUGUUCAGGUUGAGAUUGAGACUUUUUGGAACAACUUUAAGGUAUAUUGGCAGACUAUAUGAAAGUUCGUCAACUAGAAGACCAUUGGCUUUAACUUCAGUCCAAAUGGUACUAUCAGAUUGUGUUCAGCAUAUCAAAGAUCAAGAAUAUGGCAACAUUCCGAACUUCAGUGCUACAGAACAUGAAUUAAUACAGGAAGAACUCCUUGUUGGAAUAACUUUUGAAAACAACUUCACGUUACAGUACGAACUAGAAUCCCAGAUUUGUGCCUGUGACUGCAUUUUGACUGUUGUGGAGUUGUUAAAGAAUAAAGGAAUCGAAGAGAAUUCACAAGAACUUACCGAAUUAUUUCGGUCAUCAUCAGAUAGAAUAUCUCGGAAUAAUGAAAUACUCAAGGAGCUUGAAAGAGAAACACUGAACAACCACGAGAUCACAAAGUGCACCAUCAAAUCAAUCACAACUGAUGUGAUUUCAUUUCUUGAAAAUAUUAUUUCUGGGUUGGCAGUUUUUUCUUUGAGACCAGAAAAUCUACUAAGAGAGUCAAAGACUUUACUUCAUACACUUUCGCAACUUCCAGGAUCGAUUAAAUGGGAAUCACACUCUGUGGAAAUGAAUGAACUCUCUGAAAAGAAGGACGAAAACCUCUUAUCAUCGGAUGUUAUGGCACUGAAAUCAAAUCUUUCUGAGAAAGAGCAAAAAAUUGAAGAGUAUGAGGCCAAGAUUGAAGUUUUGCAGAUGAGGGUAGAGUCAAACAAGGAAACAGAGAAACAGAUGAAAAAAUACAGAAAUGAAUGCAUGAUUCUUUCUGAAACAAAUGCAACAGUCAGUGCUCAACUGGAAGAGCUUCUUAUGGAGAACAAACAACUCACAAAAGAAGUUCAAAAGUCAAGGAAUAAUAAUCUGCUAUUUAACGCUCAGUUUGAAACGAUCACAGAACAGAAGAAGUUUGUUGAGCAUAUGGACUUGGUCUCUGAAAUUCACACUUUGAGGAACACUGUGCGUCAUUUUACAUCGGUGGCAUUGGAAACCACCAAAUACGACUGGCUUUCAAUACCAUUACCUUCUUAUGAGCCUUUCCACCGCGAGGAGGGAAUCAGUUACACGUAA